UCACACGCUCACAAAAUGCUGAUCGCCUCAGAUAUAUAAGGACCCAACUGAACCAGCAAUACCAAUAAAAUCAUGGGUCAAGCCUAUAUGGGCAUGGAGGACGUAUCAGGUAGCAACAUAAAGUUGAGAAGGCUGGUAGAAACUUCAGAAGACAAUUCUAUCGAUGAUGAAGUGAGUCAAACUGUGCAAUGUGAAAUGACUGGACUUGGAUUCCCAGAGGCUGAAUUUGUAAAGAAGAGUUACUGCAGAGCUGCUGUGAUUCUUCUGGGCCUGCUGUGUCUUUUCCUCCUGAUUGGACUCAUAACUGUGGUUUUUCUCUUCACCCAAGGCAAAUCUCCUGGUGAAAUGGACACAGUGUUGCCACACAGGCUUUACAACAACUUGACCAGCGAGAGAAACCAGUUACUGACCAGUUACAACAACUUGAAAACUGAAAAGGACCAGUUACUGACGAGUUACAACAACCUGACAAUCAAACGAGAACAGUUACUGACCAGUUACAACAACUUGAAAACUGAAAAGGACCAGUUACUGACCAGUUACAACAACUUGAAAACUGAAAAGAACCAAUUGCUGACCAGUUACAACAACAAAGUUAAAGAGAGAGACCAGCUCCAGACAAGAUUUGAAGACAUGACCAAAAAUAGAGACAAUCUUCAGAGAAAGCUUCAAGAUUGCCGAGGAAACUGGGUGGCCUUCAGUGAUAGUUUGUACCAAGUGUCUUCAGAGCAGAAAUCCUGGGAAGAAAGCAGACAAGACUGUCUUCAAAAAGGUUCAAACCUGAUGAUUAUCAACAGCCGAGAAGAACAGAAUUUUGUGAACCAGUUCAAGAAGUAUUUGUGGAUUGGACUGACUGACUCACUGACAGAGGGGACAUGGAAAUGGGUGGAUGGGACUCGCAUGACCACAAGCUACUGGAAUAGUGGGGAACCAAAUGGUGGCAGAACGGAAAAUUGUGGACAGAUAAAGGCUUAUGACUCACAAAACAGCUGGAAUGAUGAAACAUGUUCCAAUAAACACUUCUGGAUAUGUGAGAAGAGAGUUUCUCAAUAACUUGACAUCCACGGCCAACAAAUACUGCAGAACACAGAGCCAUGAAAUGAAUUCCUGAAAUGAAACGGAACAGAAAACAGUGGACACUUAGGCUACGUCCACACAUACACGGGUAUUUUUGAAAACACAGCUUUUUCUAUGCAUUUGGGCCUUUUGUCCACUGAAAACUGAGAUUUUUAAAAACUCCUGCCAGGGUGGAGAUUAUCGAAAACUCAUUUUUUUGCGUUUACAUGUGGACGAGCAAAAUGGAGAUUUAGUCACGCAACAUCAAAAGUGUGCGCCUUUUUUAACGUCAGAUCUGCAGUUUUUACACGCUUACAUAAACACACACAGUUGCUGCCCCUCCACUUGGAAAGACAGAGGCGUCAGAGUGAACUUUGGACAUGGCUUUCACAUUCAACACAGAUGCUCUCACAACCUAAGUGUAAUAUUAAGGAAUAAUUCCAUCUCACUGUCCACACAUAGGACUCAUUUCUGCUUCUAUGCACCAUCUUUGUUUACGCUUUCCCUCUCGGGCUUCUAGAUUUCUGAUUGGCCAACAUUUCGACACAGAAUUAUAUCAUGGAGAUAUUUUACAAAAAUGCACAUGUGGAAGAUGAUUUAUUUUUUUUUUAAACAAAAAUACCCGUGUACGUGUGGACAUAGAUGGAAACAAGUUUAAAGGGUUUUUGCUUUGCUUUCAAAAUCAAGAAUGUCUUUUGUUACUAUAUCCAGGAUCUUUAAUCAGCCGGCGAUCUGCUUUGGUGUGACUGGUCAUGACAAUUUUAAGACGUGUCAGAUUAAAAAAACUUGCUCAACAAUCCCAUGCUCAAAAAUUCUCAUCUUAUAGAAAAAAUAUUCUGUUAUCAUAAACUUUCCAUCUGUAUUUACAAUUUAAUCAUUAAAAUGUUGACAAUUUGGAC